CCCCACAUUAUUGUUUUGAUUAACAGGUUGUCUUUUCGUGUGAACGGAAGCAAGCGCCUCGAGUGGAAAACAUCGUAAAAUAACUGGCAUUCUCUGGGAUUUACUGAAACGCGUAGAGUCAAUUAUAAUAAUGACCGUGUCGACUUGAUAGCGGCGUUGUUGUUGACAAAGAUACGUUUCUCUCAAAGAUAAGCUAACGCUAGCUGUCUGGUAGCGUACGUAUCUUUGGUAACAACAUGACGGUGAUGGGGAGCGGUGUGUAGGAGCGACCGACCAGACAUUGGAUCGCCCCGAUUUCCUGCUUGUCAAUCACACAUCUCUAGGAUUAUCAUGUCUUUGUGUCUGGAUACGGUCAACACGGCAUUGUAAACCAAAAACAAACAACACUGGCUUAAUUUAACCAAGUCAUCUGCAGGAGGUCUUUAAAAUUCAGAUAUUGUGAUACGUUGACUUUUUCAAAUAACGUCUAAGCCACAUUUCUCUGACCUGAUGCCAAUUCACUGUGGCUCUUCAGUGAUUCAAGUCGAAACCUGUUUGUAGUGUUGGACAUUUACAUCACUUUAUUUCAAUGGGCGAGGAAAAGCCGGACACGCUUGACUUUGUGAAGGAUUUCCAGGAGUAUCUGAGCCAGCAGACCCAGCAUGUCAACAUGAUCUCAGGCUCUGUCAGCGGCGUCAAGGAGGCGGACGAGCUGCCACCAGACUGUGGUCAGAAUGGACUGGAUCACCCCUCAGUGGACAUGUCUCUGGAAGACAGCUCAGGGAUCCUAGUGGAUGGUUUUGAGAGGACUUAUGAUGGCAAGCUCAAGUGCCGCUAUUGCAACUAUGCUACUAGAGGUACAGCAAGACUCAUUGAGCACAUCCGAAUUCACACAGGAGAAAAACCCCAUCGCUGCCAUCUCUGCCCAUUUGCUUCGGCUUAUGAGCGCCACCUGGAGGCCCACAUGCGAUCACACACGGGAGAGAAGCCUUACAAGUGUGAGCUGUGCUCUUUCCGCUGCAGUGACCGUAGCAACCUGUCGCACCAUCGCCGUCGACGCCACAAACUGCUGCCAAUGAAAGGUGCUCGCUCACUCUCCCACAAGAAGAUGCUGAGUGUUUUACAGAAGAAAGCCAGCUCACUGGGCUAUGGCCGCCGGCUGCUCAUCAACUUCAGCCCCCCUUCCAUGGUGGUGCACAAGGCUGACAAUGUGAACGAUUUCUCCCAUGAGCUGCCCCACUUACGUCAAGAGUCAUAUGAUAAUCAGGGUCGCACAGUGGAGGACGGUCACACCACAAAUCACCAAGACAUGGUUAUGGAUAACCCUCUGAAUCAGCUGUCCACCCUGGCAGGCCAGCUGGCCAGUCUCCCUUCUGAGUCCCAGAAUCAACCUCCCAUGUCUCCAGGAGCAGAGUCUAUCGUUGAUGAGAAGCCUUUCCUCAUCCAGCAGCCUCACCCUGCCACAACUCCUGUGGCUGUCUCAGCCAGCAUGACCCAUGCCUCUUCCUCGUCCCCAAUCACCCCAGAGCCCAGGGCUCCUCCCCACAGCAACUGCAGCCCUGGAGGGGGACCCUGCAGCGAGCACAGUGGGCGCACCAGUACCCCCAGUGUCUCCAACAGCCAACCCAGUACGCCGGUCCCAGGUCUUUCUGUUCCACUUCAGGACCACCACAUGCUGCAUCACUGCCAGCACUGUGACAUCUACUUUCCCGACAACAUCCUCUACACUAUCCAUAUGGGCUGCCACGGCUACGAGAACCCAUUCCAGUGCAACAUCUGCGGCCACAAGUGCAAGAGCAAGUACGACUUCGCCUGCCACUUUGCCCGCGGGCAGCACAAGUGAUGGGAAAUAACUUUUAUUGGACAGCCUUGUUUUAUUAUUUCCAUAGUUAUAUUAUUUAUUGGUCUUUGACUUGACCUUGAUGUAGCCUAGCCUUUGAAAGUUGUACUUAUAAAAUGUCAACAUUCAAAUGUUUUCAUUUUGUAUACCUGUAGGUGCCCAUUCAAGUGUAUUAUGAAGGGAUGAUCAGUGUUUUCCACUGGUUGAGAAUUUAUUUGUGGUAAAGGAGGGAUUUACAUGCUGUUGUAAAUCAGAAAAAAAAUAGCCAAACGAAUUCACAUUAUGUUAUGUAAUUGAUGACCAAAUUCCUAAUAUUUGUAAAGAUGUUUUUAAAAUGCAUAACUCUUGUGACCUUAACCUUUCACAUAUGUCAUUCCAAUGCAAUACCAUGCAACACUAUGGUAGCUGAUGAAAAAAGACUUAUGAUGGGGGGGGGGAAAAGAAAUAUAUAUGGGAUUUAGAGUAAAAUGGCUAAAACACAGACAGAAUACAGGUGUAAACCUUUUUGGUAUAGGAAGUCAUUUCAAACAGGAUUCCACUUUUAACAGCAUGUCCCUUCUAGAGAAAUACAAAAUUAAAAUAAAUUAUCAACCCUCCUGGAUCUAUUUCUAAAGGUAGCUCUGUUGUUACUGACACAGAAGUGAACCUGUUGGCCUUGAGUGAUGUUACUAAAGCCUUGUUGAAAUUAUUUAGUGCAUUAUUACUAUUUCUUUGCAGUGCCUGACAUAGUCACCUUAAUGUGUCCAAGAUAUAGAGGACUGUUACUUUAAAUAUUAAUAGAUAUUAUUACAAUAUCGUCUUUCUACUGUAACGUAAAGGGCCUGGAACUUUAAAAAAAGUUUGGGCCAUUGUAGUUAUUUUUUGGUAGCCAUGAUCUUUUUUGCCAAGAUUCUGCUCCAAGAUUGCUGCUAAGAAACUUUGGAUUAUAUUUAUGGCAUUCACAGUAAAUUAUGGCCAAACUUUGUACCUGUGGUUCUUGAUCUAAGUUGUCAAACAACAUUUUGUAGACGUCAGGAGUUCCUUCACACAGUGCCCUUCCUUGACCAGCAUCACGGUAACAUCACUUGUUUUUGUUCAAAUGUUUUUGUAUAUCUUUUGAAUUACAUCCUGUCACAAUCUGAUGUUUUGAUAUUGUAUGAAGUCACUUUAAUAUCUAGUAUCUCCGUGUUUAGGACAGAAUCACCAAGUCUUGUGUCUCAUGUGAACACGUUUUCAGAAUUGCCACGUAGCACAGGGAAUGCCAAGUUUUAGCCUUUGUGAUAAGACAAAGAGAUUUCCCAUUUAUCAUACGGUUCCUUUAAAGUGCUUUUCUGAAUAUUUACUGAGUAUUGUAUUCUGAGUCGUUGGGUAGUUGUUCAGUGUCCAAAAAAGCAAAUGUUGCAGUGAGACUGCUACUUCAGCAAGAUUGUUCUUUGUCUUGAGUACUGUUGUUUGUUGCUUAGCAACAUGCGUGAAGAACAUAGUUACUGUUUCUAGGACCACCUCCAUGUUGCCAUGCUCACCACUACUGGGAGCAUCCAGUAAUAAUGCCUUAUGUUCUCUGUGUCGUAGGUUCAUAGGUAACAGUGAAUGUUGAGCCUGUUGGCGAUCACUCUCUCCCUCCGGGAUGGCAAAUCAUUUAAUUGUGAGAUGGAUUAAUCUUACUAAUUUAUAAGUAAAGUGUUUUCUAACUUAC